AUGCAGAUCACCGCUGUCCUCCUAGGCCUCGUUGCCUCCGUCUCCGCGAUCGACGCCUACUUCCACAACUCCAAUGACUGCUCUGGCGCCGCCGCCGUUUGCACCAACAUCAACCCUAACUUCUGCUGCACCGGCAACUCCCCCACCGUUGCCUACCGCGGCGUCCCGACAAACUGGAACAUCAACGCCCAGGGCUUCUCCAACGGUGGCUGCGGGUCGCCCAAGUGGCUGGCUGAGCUCCGGGGCCAGAACUGGGUGUGCAUGAGUGUCAACUCUCGGCCCAACUACACAGGCACGUUCUACUGGUUUGCCGGCCGCAAGCGUGCUGAGAAUACUGUCUGCGAGGGGGAGGUCAAGCCCGAUACGGUGGUUCUUGCGGAUGGUACUACACAGUAUGACAUUGUCGGCUUGGAUGAUGCUAAGGUUGAGGAACUGCUUGCUAUUGCUGGCUCUGGAGUUGGUCCCGAAGAUAUUCCUGAGGAGUUCCACGUGCUGCGCAAGUAA